CAAAACAAAAAAAUCUCUCAAUUAAAACUCAAAUUUUUCCAACAAUUUUCUAUGGGAAAUUUUACUUCAUGCCCAAUUUUACCAUCAAUUAAGAAUUCGAAAGCGUCGAGAGUUGUUCUUCCCGGAGGAGAAAUCAGGCAAUUUCGAGAACCGAUUAAAGCAGCAGAAAUCAUGAUGGAGUAUCCAAGUAAUUUUUUAGUGGAUUCGAGUUCGUUGAAUAUCGGAAGGAGAUUUUCAGCUUUAUCAGCUGAUGAAGAUUUGGAAUUCGGUAAUGUUUAUAUUGUGUUUCCGAUGAAGAGAGUCAAUUCGGUUGUGACGGCGACUGAUAUGACGGUGAUUUUACUGGCGGCUAAUUCUGCUGCGAAGAGAAUUUCCGGCGGAAAUGGUAGGAUUUCGCCGGAGGAUUCGCCGGCGCCGGAAAGUAAUGUUGCCGGAGAUCGGGAUUCAGGUGAGGUUGAGGUGUUUCCGGUGGGGAGAGAAAUGAAGUAUAGGUUGGCGUGUAGAUCGAGGAAACCUUCGUUGGCUACGAUUAUGGAAGAACCUGUUUCUUCUAGAUGAGAAAUUUAAUUUUUUUUAAAAAAAUUAGAAAGUUUUUUUUUUUUAGUAGAGAUUUUGAGGGUGAAAAGAAAAAUGAAAUUUUACAUUAUAUGUAUACACCUUUUUAUUAUUAUUAAAAAAAUUGUGUGCUCAUUUUUUGGGAA